AUGACGAAUUUUGGACGCCCUACCCCUGGGAUUCCCAACAAAGGAUGGCAACUAUGGAAUAUCAGCGUUGUGAUGGUCAUCAUCUCCGGGCUCUUUGUUGUUACUCGUAUGGCGGCGAGGUAUUCCCAUGGCCGUAUUCGUGCUGACGACUGGACCAUCUUUGCGGCAAUGUUCGCGGCGGUCGUGCUCUCCGUUGCUCACAUUAUGGCCGUGGAAAGUGGAUUCGGCAAACACGAAUGGGAUCUCACUCACGACGAGAUGAUCCAAGCGCUGAAGUUUGUGUUCACCGCACAGGUGAUGUAUAAAUUCGUUAUCUGUUUCACCAAAACCUCAAUCCUACUUCUCUACUUGCGAGCCUUCUACGUACGAAGGUAUUUCCGAUGGGGAUGCUAUUUAAUGAUCACCUUUACUGUGGCUACGGGAAUCGCAUAUAUUCCUCCAACAAUUUGGCAGUGUACACCCGUAGCAUCCUUUUGGGAUCGCAGUAUCCCCCACAACUGCAUUAGCAACCGCCCGUCAUGGCUAUCAUAUACGUUGGUCAAUAUUCUUAGUGACUUUAUGAUAUUAAUCCUCCCAAUCCAGGAGGUGCUUCGCCUCCAAUUGAAGACGAGGGAUAAGAUCGCGGUGAUCAUGAUUUUUGCUGUUGGUGCAUUUGUUUGCAUCACAAGUAUCCUUCGAGCUACCACUAUUGCUGCAUCGGCUAAUGUAAAGGAUGUUACAUGGAGUCCUAUCCCCGUCGCAUGCUGGAGCACCGUGGAGAUCCACACCGGUAUAAUCUGCUCCUGCAUGCCAAUGAUCCGGCAACCUCUUUCCAUCCUUUUCCCACGCUUCUUUCCAACCUCCAGUCGACAUGGCCCAGACCCGAACACAAACACGUACGUUAAAAAUACUCGCCGUCGAAAAGGAGGUGAUAAUCUGGCCUCUGACGGUUUGGCUUGGAUGCAAAAUCACGACGAUCACAUUCACUUGACAUCCAUCAAGUUCCACAAAGAUGGACAGUGUCAUCCGACUGAGAGCGAAGAACGAAUAAUCAAUAUGGAGAAUUUGCAACCCCCUGAAAAUGGAAUCGUUACGAGAACUGAUGUAUCCAUAACCGAGACUAGGAGUUCCUAG